AUGCCAUCAUCGUCCAUGAGGAAAAAACCUUUGGGAUCAACAAUCACUAAUAAUAAUUUAUCACGUCCAUCGUUAAUUGAUACGAUGCUUUUAACCAGUACACCUCUUCGUCGUUCACCGGCAAUACAAUCGGCAAUAGCAUCAAAUCGAUCAGCAAAUAAUUUAGCUUUUCAACAAAUUUUUAAAGAAAAAAAUCAAACCUAUGAAGAUAUGCAACUACUGAAUUUAACAAAAAAUAUGAAUAAAAAAGAUAAACAAAAUGAUAAAAAAUCGAUAUCAACAAAUAAAAGUACUAAAAGUCGACCGAAGCAUCGAAGAACCGUUUUGAAUCAAGAAGAUGAUGAUGAUGAAACAGAAAAUGAUGAAGAGUUUAAAAAAACAAAUAAAUCAACUACAAACAAACGAAAAACAACAAUUUCAAGACAAGAACAAUCAGAAGAACCGAUUUCGAAAAAACUUCGACGAACUACUGCUCUAAAUAAUAAAAAAGCUACAAAAACAACUAUUGGUAAAUCUUCUGCUGGAAGUUCCGAUGGCUGUACGACUGCUGAUGAGGAAAAUGAAGAAACACGUCUUAUUGAACAAUCAAAAUUAUAUAUUGAAGGACCAGGAAUUCGACAAAAUUAUAAAAAACUCAAUGAACACAAUAGAAAAAUUGGUGAAAAAAUUCAAAGUCUUCGUUCGUAUCAACAAGUACUACCGUCAUUGCCAUCACCAAUUCUUACACGGCCAAACACUGAAAAUGAAGAUGUCUUCGCUGUACCAACUCAAACAAGUUCACCUGUUAAAAUUAAAACAGCAUCACGUAUUACCUUUGCACUUCCUCCUCAAGCAACGUCACCUAUUCCAGCAAAUAACUUUGAUUCUACUCAUCCACCAAGUCCCCAAAUGCCACCAACAACAACAGCUACAUCAAUUGAUACACAAACAGAUGAUUUAUUGUCUCAUCCUAUUCUUCAUGAGAAACAGUGUCAAACACGACCAAAUGAAGUCAGAAAUCAAUCAGUACAAACAGAAUCGAUGAAUAACGAAUCUGUUUCGAUCGGUAUUCAAUACCAUUCUGAUCUGAUGUCUCAACAACAUGUUGUGUGCCGAGAUUUAACAGCAUGCACUUGUGUAGAACAAUUAGUUAAAACGCGUCAAUUUAUUGUUGAUACAACUACUAAACUUCAAUUAUCAAAUAGUAAUCGGUCAACAAAAGUAUCAAAAUAUACAAUGACCAUUGAAGAAUCAUCACCAGCUACUAUGGUUCUUGCCAAAUCUAGUUUGAAAACAGAGCAACAGAUGAUUUUUGAACAAUUCGUUUCUCAAUUUAAUAUUCGCCAUUCAAAUACAGUUGACGAAACAACAACUCAUUUAAUAACUGACUCCUUAGACGAGAACACUCCACUUGUUUGUCCAUUAACAUUAAAAGUAAUUCAAGCAACUGCUCGUCACUUACCAAUAAUUAGUAUUCAAUGGCUCGUUGCAUCAAUCACACAUCAAAUAAUAGUUCCAUCGCAAAUUUAUGAAAUAUUUCUAGGCGAUCCAACAUAUGGUUAUCAUGGUGGCUUUCUUCGUUCACGUAUUCCACGUUCACAGGGCCUCUUUCAGGGCAUUGCAUUCCGUUUAGAAUGCCCAGAACAGCACGGUUGUCAAGCGAUUUUAGCUGAUAAUCGUGCACUUCGUGAACUUAUUUAUCUUUGUAGUGGAACAAUUGUUGAUGAUUCAAAUCAAAAUCAAUCAUCAACAAUUAUUGUGUUGUGCAAUGAAAUAAAGCGAAAAGAUCAUCUACAUACAGCUUAUGUUAAACCUGAAUGGUUACUCGCUUCUAUAGCUCAAUACAAUCUUCAGUCAUUUCAACAAUUUUCCGUCGAUUUUACACCCUAA